CAAAAAAUGAAAAAAUGUUUGGGUUGUCUGAUUCUCCACUAAGUCGCCUUUGGUCCUUUCCAAACACUGGGGAUCUGUGUCCUAUGUGUAUUUCAACAUCUAAAUUUGAGCUUAGUUCACCAAAAUCCCUCCACUUUCGUAACCGUUUUCCCCCCCUCUCUCUAGGGUUUCAGGAAAACUCAAGUGCUCUGUUUCCAGAGUCCUCCACAGCUCGAUCUAACGUUUUUUUUUUUUUUUUGCCCCUCUUCUCUCUGUAACAUCACAUUUUCCGCCGAUUCGUGCCAAACCCCUUUAGCCGUCUUCAUAAAACUCGCCUCGUUCCCUUCCUUCCACCAGAUGUGGAGGCUUUCUCGUUCAGCUGCAAGUUUUGCAUGCCCAUUAUUCCUCUUCAUCUGAAAUCCAAUUGGGUUUCGUCCUUUCUUGGCGCUGCUCAGUUGGCUUCGCUAGGGUUUCAAAUAAAGUUUCCGCCUUUUUGGUUAAAGGAGCUUUGCUCGAGCUGUUCUUCAGCAAAUUGGGCCAGCGCCGGCGCCUUUGUUGUCAAUUCGUUUGUUCGAGCUGGUUUGGGAGGAAUUAAGUUUGAAGGCAGGGGGAGGUUGCAUUUUUGGUGUGGGGGUGGAGAUGAAUAGCGUGUUCAGUCAACAGAUUCUAGCCGACAAGCUCUCCAAGCUCAACAGCACCCAACAAUGCAUUGAAACUUUGUCACAUUGGUGCAUAUUUCACCAAACCAAAGCCGAACUCGUUGUAGCGACAUGGGACAAACAGUUCCACGUCUCGGAGAUGGUUCAGAAAGUCCCUCUACUUUAUCUAGCAAAUGAUAUCUUACAGAACAGUAAACGUAAAGGCAAUGAAUUUGUGACCGAGUUCUGGAAGGUUCUCCCCUCAGCUCUCAAGGACGUUUCUGCAAAAGGUGAUGAUCGUGGCAAGACUGUUGUCUCCAGAUUGGUUAAUAUAUGGGAAGAAAGGAGAGUGUUUGGAACACAUUCUCGAAGCCUUAAAGAAAUCAUGCUUGGUGAUGAGACUCUACCAGACUUGGAGUUCAGUAAAAAGCGUUCACGCACGGUCAAGAUUUUCAAACGAGAUUCCAGAUCUAUUAAAACGAAAUUGCCCAUUGGUGGCGCUGCCGAGAAAAUUGUAUCAGCAUUCCACUCGGUUGACAGUGGGCGUUCCAAAGAAGAGGCAGAGAUGAGUAACUGCAAAUCUGUGGUCAGUCGAGUCAGGAAGAUGGAGAAAGAUGUUGAUAUUUCCUGUAGCAACGGAAAAGAUCCCAAACGUACAAGUUUGGCGAAAGAACUAGAGCAGGAAGACACCCUUCUGAAGCAAUGUAUUCAAAAACUUAAAUCCGUUGAAGCCAGUAGAGCUGCCCUUGUCUCUCAGUUGAGGGAAGCUCUAAAUGACCAGGAAUCUGAAUUGGAGGUUGUGCGAACUCAGAUGCAGGUAGCUCAGGCACAGGUGGAUGAGGUCAGCAUAAUGAUAAAGCGGCUGAACGACGAAGACUAUGUGCCCAAAGCCACAACUGCAACCCAAAUAGAAGCAGAUACAAAUGGCAAAGCAGGACACACUCCAAAGAAAACUGCAGCAGCUAUUGCUGCCGAGGUUGCAGAUAAGCUUGCAGCCUCAAGCUCCUCUCAAAUGAUCAUGCAUUCUGUUCUGUCUUCAUUUGCUGCAGAAGCAGCAAAGACCCAAGGUUUGAAGUCAACACCAGUUAGCUCUUCGGUCAAUGAUUCCGUGCCAGAACCUGCUAUGUUUAUGUCGGCACAAAAACCCCUUUCUGCUGAUCCCUCGAACCAUGCAUACCACACCAUGCAGAAUCAGGUACCGAGCUCUCAGUCUCAGUUUCACGUGCUGCCGAAUCCUUCCUCUCAGCAGUACUUGCAGCCUCCUGGAGGGAUUGUUACUCCCUACGGAUAUGGUAGCAUUAGUUCCUUGCCACCAGGACCACCGCAUCCACCUCGUCCCUAUAUGAUGAGUCCAAUGGUGCCUAUGACUCAGCAACCACCGUCGCAAGUUCCAAUGACUCAACAGCAGCAAAUAACCUUAAGUCAGCAGCAAGCUGCUGCUGGUCCUCCUAGUUUUAGACCCUUGCAGCCGCCUGGUAUGGUGUAUUAUGGCCAUCAUCCAUCAUCCCAUUCUCAGUGACGACAAUAAGGUCAGUUUGUUUUAGGUGUGUAGGCUGUAUAAUCUAUCUCGGGGCCCUGUUUUCCCUUGUAACUGAGAAAUUUCUUGGUAUAAGAUAGUAUUGUUGAGAUUAGAACAUCUGACGAAGAUUGAUCAACAUUUUUUUUUCAUAUAGCUACCAUUAGCAGGGCAAUCUUAGUGAUUCAAAGUGGAGGUGGCAAAUGAAUCGUACUGAUGUGAGCCCAUGGGUUUGUAUAGGUGGGUCGUGAUUGGGUCAAAAUGCGUUUGUGAAUUUAUAGUUAGGAUCAAAUGAGUUUUGCUUAUUGUAUGAAGAGUAUUUCAGUCAUUUGUCAAGUGUAAGGGUUGCUGGGUAAGUUUUAGAUUUUCGGUUCUCAGUCAUAGUUAGAUCAGUUUGUUAAUAGGAAAAGGAUGAACUGAAUUGACAGGAUGGAAGUAUGUGGCAAAUUAGAUUCUCAAAGUGUGAAGAGAUGUGUUAUUACUGCAAAUCUUUUGAAGGAUUAGUAGUUUAGUACAGGAAUCAAACAAACAGGCAAGUGAAUAUGGUUACACAGUAGAGAGGCAUCAAUAUCAGGUAGUGCUGCUGUUGAUAGGUGAAAUUCGGUUGAUGAUAGCAUCUUUGAUACGAAGCGGGAGAUGGUGCAAGAUGGCCAUAAUGGUCGAGUAACGACCCGACGAGAACCAUGCUGGUGGAUCCUUUCUGAGUAUGGCAGCUACUGUAUCUUUCGCGAAUUUUUCUGCAGGGGUUGAUUUGAGGCUUUGGGAGAGGUAUGCCCUCUGCCUGAUCGCAGCCUCGAAUGGUUUGUACAGUUGCCACUCGGGCAUCUUGUUGUAGUUAGCUGUUGCGGAGUUCCCGAUGUUUGAUCUGAUGGCUCCUGGAACGACGUUGAUCACGUCGAUUCCCAGCGGCUUAAGUUCCAGCCUGCAUUUUAUAAGUAUCGAAAUCAGGUGUCGUCAAAGGUGACAGGGAAAUGAUGUCUCUUGGAUUAGUACCGUGUCAAGAAUUUGCAGUUUCCAGCUUUUUAAGUUCGAAUGCUCAAAUGCAGGCCAGUUAGAGGAGGAAAGCAGCAAUCCAACCUACUGAAUGAUUUGAAAUUCGUAUGCUCCAAAUCCAAGUCUUGGUUUAAAGGUUUUACCGUUGGUAUCAUGAACUAUUUCCUAAAGUAGCACUUAACAAUAAAAAUAAAUUGAUAUCACCAUUAUUAAAAAAAAACCUAAAUAUUUCGUAUCCACCACUUUAACACCUGUUUCAGUGACUAUAUACCCACUUUAAGUUACUUAACAAUUCACUAUUUUCCACGGCUAACAAUAGGGUUGGAUUGGAUGGAUUUCAGUCUCAAAAUGAUUCACGUGUUUAUUAUUAACAAAUUGAUACAAUUGUGACUAAGAUCCAUCCACAAUUUUCUUAGGGUUGGAUUGUGGGUUAACUCACAAAAGCAAUAAUCCGACUAGCAAUUAGCUAGGUUUAUCAAUAUUUUUAAGAAAAUUCUCGUAAAUUAGGAAAACAAGAGUCAUUCAAACACUUUGCACUUUGGCUAUCCGCCUAAAUACUUGAACAUGUACAUGUAAAGUUUUUUUUACUACUUAUAAUAACUUUUUCGUUGGCCACUUUAAAUGAAGUAUUAAUUGACAAAGAAAACAAAGUCACUCAACCACCUAUGCCUUGAGGUUCACGACUCUUUACAGCCUGUUUGGAUAUAAUUCCGUUAGAAAAUGAAUUCCAUUUCUUGUGAGAAUCUGAAUUCAAUUGAAAAUUUAUUUUCAGAGUUUUUGUUUGUAACAAAUACUAAAGUUUUAG